GCGACGCCGCGUCUCAUCAACGAGCGCAGCAUCCACAACGACCUGCAGCGGCCGCUGACACGGCACACGGAGAACACGGAGCGCUCGUUGUCGUCGUCAUCGUCACGGCGACCACCGGCGCCAGCGCCGCCCGCGCACAUGGUGCGCAACAACACGUUCACUGUGCGCGAGAGCGCGAGAGCGAAGCAGCAGCAGCAGCAGCAGCAGCAGCAGCAGCAGCAGCAGCAUCCUCAUCCUCAUCCUCCGAGCUUCGCGUGGAACUCGAACAUCAAGGUGGAGCCGUCAGACACGGCAUCCGCAGAGUCGUCGCUUUAUGACAAUGCCGCUAUGCCCGGCGUGUCCCGGCAGGUGGACGACGGUGGCGCCCCCACCCGCGUUGCCGCCGCCGAGACAAUCCCGAAGCUGAAUCUUGACGCGGUGAUACGGAACAAGAAGCGGCGGAGGGUGGAGGAUUCGGAAGCAGCAUCCGACACUUCUAGCAAGGCCAACUUGUCUUACGGUCUCGCAUAUCCUGCGCCGAUGCAAUCGUCUGCGGCUGCAGCGGAGAGCUUUGUGAUGCAGCAGCACAGACCUGGGCUGAGCAGUGGCAUCUGUGGAACAACAUUCCUGGACUCUGCGAGUGCUGCGAGUGCAAUGUCUAGUCAGAGAGAGGAUGCUGGCAAUGUAGAGAGGAUCAACAGCGACAUAGAGUCGGACGCGCCGAGCAACCAGUCGCUGUUCGACUCGCUGAAGGAGUCGAUCUACGCCGAGGUUGCGAUGCUCAUCUCGCAGAACGAGUCGCGGCCACGCUUCCUCGUCGAACUGUUCCGCGAGCUGCAGAUGCUCGGUACCGACUACCUCCGCGAGAGGGCGCUCUACGAGCUGCGAAACCUCGUCGCGCGCUACCUGCAGGAGGACGGCGGCAGCGCGGGCAGCGGUCGCGACAAGAUCAAAAACGAGCUGAAGCCCGAUUGGUUACUGCGGAGUGAGGCUGGCUAUGCGCGUCGGCAUGACGACGACUCGUACACGUGUCACCCCGAAGCGAGCUUUUCUCUCACACGUGCGGAUCAAGCGUGCGGAGACGCUGCUGAUAGGCAGGAGGACACGUCAGGCGAGCUUGGAGACUCCAUGUCUACGCCGUGCUCCGGCAGUAUAGACCCCUUUGCCAGCGAUUCUCUGGGUGACACGGUCAUUCAUCUUGACCAGGCGAUGCUGAAGAUGCGAGAGUACGAGAGCCUGCGCAACAAGAUUCGGCAGUUGAAUCUCUCUGACAGGAAGCGAGGCAGCAAGGGAGCCGAGGCUCAUGGAGACGACAGCGAGGCUCGUGAACAGGCACUGCCGUGGGCCGACCACGACCAGCUGGCCGAGCUUCUCGCGGGCAUCAUGUCGGAGGUGGUGCCGCUGCUGCGCGAGCACAUGGACGACGCGUGCACGCCAGAGCUGCUGUGUAGCCUGCGCCUGCACACGCUGCAGGCCGCGCGCCGCCGCCUCGACGACCGCGUGGGGGGCCCACUGCGCGACGACGAAGACGACGGCGGGUUCUUCCAGCGGCAGUUAGGAGCGAGUCUUGGCGACCUACUCGCAAAGUUUGGUGGCAAGAGGUGGGUGUCGCCACGCGAGUGUGGGGCGUGGGAGAGUGCAGUGUGGGGCGUGGCAGAGUGCAGUGUGGAGCGUGGCAGAGGUGCAGUGCGGGGCGUGGCAGAGUGCAGUGCGGGGCGUGGGAGAGUGCAGUGCGGGGCGUGGGAGAGUGCAGUGUGGGGCGUGGGAGAGUGCAGUGCGGGGCGUGGGAGAGUGCAGUGCGGGGCGUGGCAGAGUGCAGUGUGGGGUGUGGCAGAGUGCAGUGCGGGGCAUGGGAGAGUGUAG